AUUGUUUGUUGUUGCUUGCACUUUCUUAUUUUGGACUUUGAAACGCUGCUCUCGAGUUUAAACACGAAUAGUUACCCAAUUUGGAAAGCCAUCGAGUGGAGAGCCAUGUUCCGGACCCGGGUGCACCGCAAUCUGUCGUGGAUCUCGACGAAUUCGUCGCGAACGACGACUACUCAUGGCCAGCACUACCAAUAUCUGCAGUGUUCCAAGCUGCCGACGCUGUAUUUCCAGCGCUCCCUGCCAAGACUGCCCAUUCCGCUGCUGGAGAACAGUUGCCGGCGGUUCCUGGAGGCCACCCAGCCGCUGCUCUCGCCGGCAGAGCAGGCGAAGACCCAGCAGACGGUGGAGCAGUUCCGCCAAGGAAUCGGCAUGGAGCUGCACGCAAGGCUGAAGAGCCACGAUGCGGAGAACAAGCACACCAGCUACAUAUCGCAGCCCUGGUUCGACAUGUACCUGGCCGAUCGGGCACCGCUACCCCUUAACUAUAAUCCCCUGCUGGUGAUGAAGAGUGACUCGCGGCCGGAGUACCAAAACCAGGUGGUGAGGGCCACCAACCUGAUCAUCAGCUCGCUGAGGUUUUGGAGAUCACUACAAGCGGAUCUCCUGGAGCCGGAGGUCUACCACAUGAACGCCAAGAAGAGCGACACUGCCAGCUACCGCAGAUGGAUGAAGGUGGCCCCCAAGGCCUUUGCCACCUACGCCUCGUAUGCCUUCAAGGCGUUCCCGCUGGACAUGAGCCAGUACAACCGGUUGUUCGGCACCUCCAGGAUUCCCAGGAUAGGCAAGGACGAGCUGGUUCAUUCGCCCGACGCCAAGCACAUUCUAGUCAUGCGACGCGGUCACAUGUACGCCGUGAAUGUCCUGGACUCCAGUGGCUACAUCGAGAGUCCCAGUGUGAUUCUGGGCAGGCUCAGGGCUGUCCUCAAGUUGGAUGCAGACCGCGAGGCAGCCAGUGUUCCACUGGGUGUUCUGACCUCUGGACAGCGCGAUGAGUGGGCCAAGAGCAGGCAUCAGUUUGUUAGUAACGCCAAGAACGCAGAUCUUCUGCAGAGCGAGGUGGAUGCGGCUCUGUUCUGCGUUUGUCUGGAUGGCGAGGAGGAUGGCGUCUUUGAUGAGAACAGGCAAGAGCCACUCCUCAAGCAUCUGCUGGCGGGAAAGGCACAGAAUCGUUGGUUCGACAAAUCCAUUUCCCUGCUUAUCAGCGCGGAUGGCACCACGGCCAUAAACUUCGAGCACUCGUGGGGCGAUGGCGUGGCGGUGCUGCGCUACUUCAACGAGCUCUACAAGGACACUCUAAAUCAGCCCUUUGUGUCCACGGAGACGGUGCACACUCCCGCCGAAGGGGAUUUCAGCAAUGUGCGACCCAUCAACUUUGAUAUCGACGAAGCCACCAAGUCGGCGGUUUCUGAGGCUUACAAUAAGAACGCCACCAUUGUGGAUAGCUUGGACAUGAAUGUUCUGAAGUAUCCUCAUAUCAACAAGCCCACGUGCAAGCAGUACGGCCUGAGUCCCGACUCCAUCAUUCAGCUGUCCUUUCAACUUGCCUAUCGACAGGCCUACAGUGGCUAUGUGGGCAGCUACGAGUCCUGCAGCACCUCCGCCUUCCGACAUGGACGCACGGAAACGAUGCGACCCUGCACAAAUGCCACUAGGGACUUUUGUGAGGCUAUCCUGCAGCCGGAGAGGAGCAAACCCAGUGCCGGAGAGCUGCGAGCGAUGAUCGACAAGUGCAGCAAGGUGCAUGGCCAGCUCACCAAGGACGCGGCCAUGGGCCAGGGCUUCGAUCGGCAUCUCUUCGCCCUGCGGCACACGGCCCAAAAGGAGGGCAUACCCCUUCCUGAUCUCUACGAGACUGAGGCUUAUAAGCGCAUUAAUAACAAUAUCAUUAGUACCUCCACCCUAGGAUCCGAUGCCCUGCUGGCGGGUUCUUUCGGUCCGGUGGUCAGGAAUGGCUUUGGAAUCGGCUAUUCGAUUCAGAACGAAUUCGCCGGCGCCAUUGUCACCACGUACAAAAACCAGGCUGAUGGGAAGGUGUUCAUAGACAGUCUGGAAUCGGCAUUUGAUAAAAUUUGCGCUGUCAUCCAACAGAGCAGCAGUGGCAAGAAGUAGAAGGGCACCUCCUGCAGUCCUUCCCAGUCCCCCGAUGAAUAUGGCUUUAACAAAACAAGGAGAUUUAUUUUGAUGCUUUUACACUGUAUCCCAUGUGUCUGAAUUGCAAUAUCUUAUUUCUAGCUCUACAAUUUAUAGAUUAUACACUGAAAACAUUCUGCCCCAUCUAAA